AGUUACUGCUUUGACUUCUCAUCGCCACCACCACCUCACCCUCACCGAUCAAGGUAAGCAUCAGGUGCAAGCUCGCGCGGCGACAUCACGUCGCCCAUCAUCCUCUACCUCUCCGCGCCUGUGCGAGAGCACGAUUGGCGGAGUCACAUUCAGAAAGGCGGGAGAAAACCUGGAGAGGGGAUAUCGGGAGGGAAAGAAGCAUAGGGGACGCAUUCAGCAGACGAGGCAGGGUAGCAUUCAAAUUCUGGAUGCUGCAAAGCUGUUACGACCAGAGGCUACUGAGACGCUGAGUGUCGACCUCUAUGCUGCACCGGCCCCACUCGACCUCGACCUUGCACCCCUAGUCGGACUGGAUUCGCAAUCCCCCUCAUCUUCACAUCGUGCACCCAGCUCACACGCAUCCUCUCCCUCCGUUCCCUCUUCCCCAGCCUCUCCCUCAAGAUGACCCACGCCGACGUUUGGUUCAGCCACCCCCGCCAGUACGGCAAGGGCUCUCGCGCCUGCCGUGUUACCGGCAACAACAACGGUCUCAUCCGCAAGUACGGCCUCAACAUCGGCCGUCAGGCUUUCCGUGAGAAGGCUCACCUCAUUGGCUUCGUCAAGGUGAGUUGGCGUGCGAGACAGUGCAGAAGGGUGGGACUGUGGGAGAAGGGUCGGGACAGGGUGCAACGAGGGAAUGUCGGAGAUGGCUGGACAUCACAGCGGGAUAUCCCUGUGAUUAGCACAACAGGCAGACAUGGUGUUCAGGUAGCCGAUGUCGCGAUCAUGGGCAGAGCUGUGCCGUCGCCAUCGCUGCACGUCAGCUGUGCGGGCCAUGGCGGUCACUCGCCUUGUCGCACGACAUAUUGAGCUACUGCGUGGACAGAACGUCCCGUCCUCGUGAUCAGUCGCUGCUCCCUGGUCCUCCUCCCCUCCUGUUUCUGCGUAUCCAUUGAGGCCCGAAUGUUGUCGGCUGACCACAUCCACCCUCUUCUCACCACACAGUACCGUUAAACGGUCUCGACACCACGAGCCUUCGGCUGUCCUAUCUGAGGCUCGCCACGCCUUCACUGUAUUCUGUCCCACUUGACCAAUACAUUCUCACGAUCA